AUGCUGGGAGGACUCGCCGACUACGGAUCCGACUCGGGCUCUGACUCCGAGACCGAGCAGGUCCAGGCGCCCAAGCUCGCCUCCAGACCUGCUCCCGCCGCGGCAGAGCCACCGAAGAAGAAGCGCAAGGGGCCGCUGAAGAUUGGGCUUGAUCUGCCGAAGCCGACGGACGAGCCGGACGAGAAGGAUGAGGACAAGGGCCCGGCACCGAAGCCGAAGAAGGCCGUUGGAGCGGGAUCGGGUUCGUCGUUGUCUGUGAACAAGAGCAUGGCGGCAAAGCCGACCCCGGCAGACGACCUGAAGGCGAGCUUGGGUGCGGCGAAGGUGGACGAGGAUGAGGGACCGUCGCUUGUUCCCGCUGCUGUGAAGCGGAAAGCGGCGAAGGAGGAGGAGCUGGACUUGUUCGGACUCUCCUCUGCUGCUGCGCCGAAGCCGAGCCUGCCGAAGACGACGACGCUGAAGCCGCCAAGUGUUACCUCCGCGCCGGCCGUUGCCGACUUUGUUCCGCCCGAGCCUACGGCAGCCGACCCGUAUCCAGGCUACUACCAGCUUCCCUCUGGGCAGUGGGCGGCGUACGACCCCGCUUACUACGCUAAGUUCUUCCCGGCCACCGACUCGGCUACAGAUGCGCUUCGAUCAGAGCACCAGGCGAAGGAAGCGCGCCUCGGCAACUGGAAGGAGCUGGACGACGGGCGUGCGGCGAUUACGGAGUUCGAUGUCGGCGCGACGAUCGCGAGAAGCCGCGAGGAGCAGGCCAAGGUCCCUCAAGCUGCCAAACCAACGUACACCGAGACGUACAAUGCGACGGGACAACACAAGGGUCUCGCGAACGAGCGACACCAGCUUACAUCCCUUCUCCACAGCGCGUUCUCGCAGAGGGAGGAGCUCGAGGAGCGCAUCAGGCAGAACAAGAAGUCGAAGCAGAACACCCAGAGGCAGUAUGUGCAGUUCAGACAAUAG